AUGGCGGACGUUGAGGGAAAGUUGUGCAAUGAAGUAAAUGUUGCUGAAAGCAAGCGGGCCGGUAAAAGGAAAGCAAAACAAGCUACAAAGAAACAAAGAAAGGUCUGCUUUACUUAAAUCUUAUACAUACAUACAUGUAUGACAUAGAUAUCAUUGAUAUGGGAAAAAAAAACGAUAAAUACUGUCAGUAGAUAGCCUGAGAUGAGAUUAUGUUAAGAUUACCAUCUUUGUUUUGAGUAAGAGCCGGCGGCAGGGUUCUCCUUAUCAGGCGGUAACUGGUAAAAUUUACCGCUUGCAAGAGCACUUAUUACCGCUGCUGAGCUUUACAAGAAUUUUAGGGGUAAACAAAACAAAGGUUACGUACUAGCGAUGGAAAACAUAUUCUGGCACAUCCAGCCAAUUGCCAGAAAUAACCGCCUCGAUAGCUCUACAAUUGCUGGCUGUAUAACAAACACAUGGGGACAAAGCUAGUCUUCAUCAUGUAAUUCUACUUGAAAUGUGUUUCAGACAAUGGUUUGAAAGAAGCCUUGAAAUAAAAUCUCUCAGCACUGUAAAAGUUCUGAAUUUGAGACGAUUAGAACACGAAUUCAGCUAUUCAAUGUGAUUUGAUUUCAUAGCGAUGCAAUUCGUAGCUGACACUCCUGAUUUUCCAGCAAUAUACCAUGUAAGUGAUGCCAAAGAUAUCACCUGAAAUCAAAGGGAGACCAGUUUACAUCAUAAGCAGUUUGGAAAGGGCAUAGUCAAACAUAAUGCUUUUAAACAAAAUUUUACUUUGUUUUGUUCAACCUCUGAACCUAAAGGUGUAUCGUUCACAUUAUUGAUUUUUCGCUGGAAAAUUUUUGACAGGCACAAUGUACUGUAUGCUUCAGGAAAUGACAAAGUUGAGAAUGAUCAGUCACCUGAAGCUGCAAAUGUGCUUAACUGGUUUGAAAAGGUCCCUCACCUGUUGUGCUGGAAACUAGGGAGAACCCUGUAAGAGCUGUUUGUUUACCUAAGUAUGUGUCUCUGAGUCAAGAAGAACUGACUCCACAUCCCGUUUUCUGUCACCUGGAAGUAUGGAGCUUCUAAAAAUUUUCAAACAGUUAAAAGAUUAUUUAUAUUAAUCCCAGGCUACUCAGGCAAGGAAAGUUACAAACAGUGGGGUAAUGGGUUUUUAAAAACAAUUUUUCUGUGAAUUUGAAUUAUCUGGCUCACUGUAUUUUGAUUCAGGCUCCAAUGCCAGAGGGUAUGGUUUUAUGAUUAUGCAUUGAUGUACUUUGUAUAAUAACAGUCAGUGACUUUGUAUUCUUAAAUUUGGUUAUAUUUUCCAUAAAGUUUGAAUUUUAUUUGCAGUCAUGAUUUUUCUUUUGCAGCUGCAAUAUUUGGCAGGGGCUGAUCAACUUUAAUUCUGUUUUGGCAAAAUUUAGACUCAAAAGCAUAAACCAAAGGUCUUAAGUCCUUUAUUUGGCUUUCUUCUCCCCCCUUAUGACAUUCAAGUUAAAGGAGGAGGUGUUCAAUACAUAUUGGAUUCAUUUCUAGCUGCAACAUGAUUGAUUAUUCUUAACUUGGUUUGAAGCACAUUCACCUUGUUAAUUCAGUUGAUUUACAAUUGAAUAAUCUCCCCAUUUUCUCAUUGAUUUUGACAGUGUAGUAAGUAUAGCCGUAUUAUUUUCUGGUCACUUUCUUUAAUUUAGAAAGCUAUCAAAGUUGAAAAAAACACCAAGAGUGCAGGAUUUGAUAAAGAAAUAUUCCUUGAAACCACAUGUUUUGUAAGAAAUGGUGAGUAUUAAAUACAGUCUUGACUGAUUAUGCAAUGGAGGGCUUACUGUUGUUUCUGGCCAUUGAUGUCUCAAUCAGUUGAAAGUUUUAACUUCCCUUUCAGCAACCCAUGGGUAUUUGACUGUCGUCUGUGCCUGAGAGGUGGGGAAUUUGAAAGGAAUCGUCAAGUCUUUCUAUCAGAAUACAUGUGUUUUAUCUUUUGAUAUGGAGGUCUUUUUAGGUGAAUAGUUCACUUUCAUGAGCCAUAGACUCAGAGAAAAAGGUCUAUGCCAAGGUCUUGGUUAUUGUCCGGAAAGUCACAGUUGGUGAUUUUGCCUUUUACAUGAAAAAUUGACUAUUAACCCUUUUCACCUUAACAUCAGUAUGCAUAUUCUCUAUUCUGUUCUAUAUACAUUUCCUAAGAUUCUGAAAAGGAGAAUUUGUUUAAUAGGGAAGAGUUUUUUUAGUUGUUGGCAUUUGAACACAAUUUUGGUGCAGGGGGGUGGAAAUUUAAAUGAAUUUUAAACACUAGGUGAAACAUAGUGGUCAGAUUGCUUGCACCAGUGGAUAAACUGCAUCUUGAAAACAAGACUGUGGUGAAAAUCAUGAAAGAAAUAGCUCUUUAGGCCACAAAUUUAGAGACAAAUUAGGAAUUAUUAUUUGAAUGCUAUUGUUUGGAAUCUAUUUUGUUGGAAUGUGGGUAUUACAUGUAUGUUCAGGACUCCUCUUAAACUUUUUCCAUAGUUUGAUUUAAUGAUCACACCGUCAGUAAUACUAUUAGGUGUUUCUUUGAAUCUAGAUGUAUAUAACCUGGGCUUUGAAUCUGUAGACCAAAUUUUUCUGUUGUAGAUAUUAAUCUCUGGAGUUAUUGCCUUUACUUUGUGUGUUUUAGGUUUGCGAUGUGUCUAUCCUUAUUAUUUCACUUUCACUACCUUCUGCAAGGGACGCUGGGUAGGCCGUAGCUUGAUUGAUGUGUUUAAAGAAGAAUUUCGUUCUGAAACACAGGAAUACUAUGUGAGUAUUGAAUAUUGGAUGCACCUCUUUUAAAACCAGUGUCAGUAACAAUGGUAUGAUCUCAGUGAGCCCAUAAUACAUAUUUUGAUCAUUGAGCGGCAAUUACUGGUAAUUAAUUUUCUCAGUGAUUCCUUGUCUCCUGUAAGACUACAGUCUAUAUCAUCCCUCCCUAAUUGUCUGUGUGUGGCUUGAGCACUCUGAUAAUUCUUGUUACCAACACUCUAGCAUCCUUUACAAAAAUUGCAAGGAUUCAGUUUAGACAUACACAUACUCCUUUCAUUUCAACUGAAACAUAACUCUCUUUGAAAAACAAUUUUAGGAUUACUGAGUUGUUUUUUGGAAUCAUAAUUUAAUGCUGUAGCUUUGUUCUUUUGAUUGUUUAUUCCUUUCUCUUUUGCACAUUUACAGUGUUCCUGUGUUUUACAUUUUGUUCAUGUAUUUCUAGGGCUUUCUUUAAACUAGAUUAUCAUUAAAGAGAAGCAGAAGAGAGAUCACAUUAGCCUUUGAAUAAAUGUACUUUUAUCAAUUUUUCUAACAGGAGAAGGCAAUAAAAGCUGGAAAAAUAACAGGUUUGAAGUCAUUUAUUUCUCUUUUGAAGUCUGUUGAAUUAAGUGUCUCCACCUAUAGUAAUAACAAAGUAAUAGUUACUACUAUUUCAUUGACAACUGGUCAAAAUUUACCACAACUCUAGUAAAUAUCAUUAUGUAAAAGGGAAAGGGACAGUUUCAUCAAGGAGACAUUUACUAUCAACAGUUUUGCCAUUUAAAACAACAUGUAUUUGUUUGCUAUAGGAACCUUUUAGGAACACUGAACUGUACAGUGUACACUAGCUUAUGAUGAAGGUGAUUGGCUAGUAGAGGAAAUAAAUGGGGGAAGCUAGGGUCUCAAAUCCUUUUUCAGUGUCUGCUCAUAUGUUCUACAAACCUUUUAAGUUUUAUAUAACACACAUUUUUCCACUGUCUUCCUGCAGUGAAUGGUGAAAUAACACUUCAAAGUAAAAUUCUUAAAGACAAUGAUGUGAUUUGCAACAAAGUCCACAGGUUUGAUUUUUGCAUCCUUACUUUUUUCACUUUAUUCCUCUCUGUUUCCUAUAAAUUUUGAUUCUCAUAAUUCUAUAUCUGUUUGUCUAUUGAUUGAAUACUCAUAAUGAUUUUUAUUUUCAACAGACAUGAACCUCCUGUGACAGGGAAUCCUAUAAAGAUAAUUGCUUUAACAGAUGAAGUUGUUGUUCUUGAUAAACCCUCUUCAGUUCCGGUGUGAAUAAAUUCUCUUUUGUGGAAAAAUUUGUUUUAUUUUUAGAUAAACUUAUGGAGAACCACAGGGAAACUUUGUUUACUUUAUAAAGUAGAUAUCCUACAGAUUACAGACAACCCAUGUUGAUAUGCUUAAUUGUUAUAUAGAAACUACAAUAUAUGCUCCUGAAUUUGAAAAUUUUACAAGGAUUUAUGUUGCAUCAAUCUUCAUUUUCUAAAUUUCAUAAUCACUGUUAAAGUGGCUCAUUGUAUUCCGCAACCUUUAUUUCAAAUGUUUGGCCCCCAAUUCUUGACACUUUCUUUCUUUGUAUUUUGGUCUUUGUAUUUUGUGUACUGUGUUUUAAAAAAGCAGGUGUUUUAUCAGUAUAAAGGAUGUUUAAAGUGGUGAGACUGUGCAUGCUUCCCUCCACAACUACAUGUGUAGGUUAAGGAAAAAUUCCAGGAAUAUUGUUCAUGUCAGGGAAUUUAUAAUGAUCUUCAGAAAUCAAUUCUGUUUCUCUUGACUCAAAGAACUAUUUUUUGUGUUUGUUUGUGUACAAUUUCCUCUAUGUUUGAAUUUGAAGACAUUUUUCUUAAAUUUCCCAUAUGAAAGAGUGAUUGAAUGAAUUGGCAUUAAUUUCAAAUGCAUUGGUUAAGACAAGCAUUACUUCUCUUUAACAAGGUAUAAAUAAUAACAGUUACCUUGAAUAGGCUGAAUUGCUUAUAUAUAUUUCACAGUUAUAAAAUGCUUAGAUCCAUGGAGGCAAUUAAUAAAACUUAACUGUUUGAUCUUACAUUGCUAAUAUGAUCCCAAGGUACAUCCCUGUGGAAGAUACAGGCACAACACUGUUGUGUUUCUUCUUGGAAAGGAGUUUGGAUUGAAAAAUCUUUUUAGUAAGUUUUUACCAUAAUGAUGUAGUCAGUUUGUGGGUUGUUUUAUUAUAUUUUGUAGUUAGCACAUUCUGACAUUAAGAAAUGCAAUGACAACUGUUUAUGUGAAGAUUAUAACUGUUUCCAAUGUUACUUUGCUUCCUUUCUCACAGCAAUCCACCGUAUUGACCGUCUCACUUCAGGAAUUUUGAUGUUUGCAAGGUCUGUGCCCAUACUAAUUUUAGAUCCUGAUAACUUAGAGUGUAUGCUAUAAAAUUGGGGUGGUAAGUCCCCCUUCCCCCUUUGGCCAGCUAUUUCCUUUAAUAGAACUACUUUGCAUUAAAUAGAGAACAAGAAGAAGACAGUGGGAUGAUCUCUUGCCAAUAAAUUUAAUGAUGUGAAAAUGAAAAUUAUUGAUUAACAUUGACUGUGUAAUCGAACUGAUUGACAACUUUCUUUUCUAAUGUUGAUUAAAUAAACUAUUUGCAACAUUACUGCAAUAAGAUUUCACAAGAGGGGUUCUUUGGAAGAAUGCCAUUUAGGGCAUUUUUACAAAGGGGAGGGGGAUUGUAUCCUGUGGCCCAGGCUCACAAGCAGGGUUUUUUGGUUUUUAACCAAAAAGUCUGUGCAUUUCCUUAUUAUAAGUUGAAAGGAUGCAGGUAUUAAGUUGAAAUUAUGUGAUCUCAUGUGAUCAAGGUCUUGGAGAAGAGAGUGCUCUUGCCAUGUUAACAAUGAAUGGCCAGUUGCUUGAAUGCAGAAAUGUGUUAUCAACUUAUUGAAAUGUAAUGCAGAAGUUUUGAUUCUUAUAUUGAAAAGUGAUAAGAGCCACAUUUUUAAUAUAUAUAUGUAUAUAUAUAUCUUUGUAUUUUCUUGUAAUAAUUAUCAUGAUUAUGCAAAAAAAAAAAUCACCAUACAAUCUUUGUUGUGGUUUGACAGAACACUGUCAAAGGCUCAAGAGCUUGAGAGUCAAGUGAGAAACAGACAAAUAGGGAAGGAAUACAUAAGUAGAGUGCAAGGAGAAUUUCCAAGGUGAUGUGCUUUCUUUUUUAAUGAAGAGAGGCAUUGUUUUGAUUCAAGACCUAGUCUUCCACACAUUUAUACAGAACUGCAUCUUCAUUUGAAAGAAGACUCAAUAAUAUGCUCUAGACAAAUUGGUGGCAUCCAAAGUUGAAUUUUUAACACAUGUGAAGACAAUUUUCUUAUGGCCUGGACACACUUUCAAACCUUAGAACAAAGUUGUAAGGAAAUUUUUGAUGAAUUUUUUUAUUAGCACAGUUAAAAAUUAUAUGAUCUCUGGAGCAAACUUCUCUUUGAAAGAGGGGAGGAGCAAAAGCUUAGGGAGUAGAAAGGAAAUAUCUUCUGAGAGGAGGGAUGCACUGCCUGGCUGAAAAAAGCAAUAGAAAGUCUGAAGGGGAAGUGUAAGAGAAGUGAACUGCAACAGGGAGAUCUGAUAUCACAUGCCCUUUUCUAGUCCAAGGUUAUUUCUGCAUCAUUCUUUACGUCAUAUUCAGCUUCAGAGUGUAACUCCAUGUACCAAUACAUGGAUCUUAAAACAGUGUAAGUUCUCAAUUGAUAUUCAAAUAGAAAGGUCAUUUUUCACCUCAUAUCAUCAAUUGUUAAGGUUAAGUGAUUGCUUAGACAGAGAAGUUUUAAACGUUCACGUUAUGUUUUCAGUGAGGAAGUCCUAUGUGAGGAGCCAAUAAAAGUUGUUUCACACAAGAUUGGUGUGUGUCGAGUGAGUAAAAAUGAGGGCAAGCCGUGUAAAACUGUUUUCAAAAGGCUUACCUAUGACGGAAAGACAAGUAUUGUGAAAAGUAAGUAAUACUUGUGCAAAUAUACCAAGUAAUGUAUUUAGUUUUUUCUAAGAGCUGAAUUGUUCAAAAGUUCAUUUACCUCUUCAUUUAUAGAAUAGGAAUGAAAGCUACUAUAAAAAUUUUCUUUGAAUUGAAUAUCGUCAUCAAUACAAAAUUACUCAGAACCCGAGUGUUUAUAGUUCAGUUACAGCCAAAUAGCCUAUUAGUAAACAGACUUGUUACCCACCGGUAUUGAUUAAACAACCCAGAAAAUUGAUAAGUUAAUUUCACAACUUCAAAUUUACUUCUGUUAAAUUGUGGUUGGUGAGGAUUUUCUUUUGUUUAGUAAAAACUGUUUUUGCCCUUGGCAAAUCGACUUCCUCUCUAAACUGUUAUCACGCUGAAGGAGUUAAUCUCUAAAAAACCUGGUUGCGAUGGCUCGUUUCUACUAAAUCCUACAAUUAAUUCAAGUUAAAUGGGCUGUAAACGCUUUGAUGUGUUGUGAAGGUUAGUUCUGGGAAGAUAUGGGCAUUCACCAACUCACUUGACUGCACCACUUACUACAUGUUUAUAGUCCCCCACUCCUUUUUUUUUCAUAAAUGUUACGGAAAGAGUAUUUGUUGUUGUUGUUAGGUGUUCCACAUACAGGCAGGAUGCAUCAAAUCCGUGUUCAUCUUCAGUGGCUUGGUUAUCCAAUUGUAAAUGAUCCAAUAUACAACCAUCAGUCGUGGGGACCCCACAGGGGUAAGGGUGGGGUGUCAGACCACCUGGUCCAGCAGGUAACAACUACCUUUUUUUAGGUCAAUCCUUCGUUUGAUAUAUAAAGUAUACUGAAUAUUUACUUAGUGUAUGACCCAUUGAAAGACAGACAUAUGGAUGGCAUCAUCUUCGAUAAAGUUUUUUCCUUUUAAUGUAUAUGUAAAACAAGCAGGUUCCUGUUCAAUGCUACAGUACUCGGUUUUAUUUUGUUACUUCUAAGACGUCCUAUGUAGUAAGGACAUCAGUGACACCCUCGCCUACGGCUCGUAGUGCAUUUUAACGUCAGUGAUCUAUGACUGAAUAGAUGAACUUCAUCAUGGAAUUAAUAGAAAUUACCAGUGAGUGAAAAAGGUCUUUUCGAGUGCUUGAUGAUGAGUUCCUAGGAUUGGCGCAAUUUGCGAGGACAUUUUUUUCCAACUUUUUCUCGUGAUUUCCAUUGGUAGUACAAUUCUGCUGGGAUAGAAAUUCAGGAACGUAAUUCAACCGUUCUUGUGCUUUUUUCACAUCACAAAUGGCCUCUAAUUUCAUAGUAUUGUUUUUCUUGGUACUAUAGGUGAUAGCCGAGCUUUCUAAAUCUCCAAACAUUGUAAACACUGAGAGCGGAACCUUUCGUGAAGAUGACCUCUCGCGUCAACAUCAACAAAACUCGACCAAUGUGAAACACGAAGCAGUCACUAUCGUUGAAAAUGAAUCACUGAAGCCAGUCUGCACCGGAUAUAAAGAUAUUGUCCCUGGGGAAUCCCAGUCUUGUAAAGAAACAGAUGAGAAAAACACAGAACUGUAUUAUGACAAAGACUGUAGUGAAUGCCAGAUACAGAGGAGAGAUCCAACUUCUGAUGAACUCACCAUGUGUUUACAUGCUCUCUCUUACAAGGUGACUCACUAGAAUGCGCCUAAUCACCUGCUAGCCUUUUUUGUUACUAAAGUUUAUUUUUUAUGGAGGACUAAAAGCACUUCAGGAUUCCGUCUUUCUCCUUGAUAUUGGGGUUUCAUUUGCGAAAGAGAUCGUCAUUUUCGUGAAUCGAAUGUAGCAUCAUUUUGUUUGUUUUUUUUUUCAUAUCUUGUUCUUUCAAAUCUAUUUGGGUCGUACUUGGGCGAAAACUGCAGGUGGCUUGGAUUUGAAUUAGUCUCGAAAUUUCCUUUUAACUUCAGUGUUGCUUCUUGGUUCGGAUGUACGUGUAUACCGCUAGAAAUCAACUAAGUAAGGUUUCUCUUCUUACCUAUGCAUUGUGUUUAUCUUAGGGGCCAGACUGGGAAUUUAAGACAGACCUGCCAAGUUGGGCUAAAGAAGGAGUCAACUUUUCUGAAAUCAGGCAAAACAUGGAGCGGAAUUGAACUUUUAAGCUGAUUAGGGUCGAGAGGAGGGAAAAAGCAUUCCUCUUUCAAGACACGAAGCAUGAGCUUGUGCUUGAUGGCACACGACUUGAUUUGUACCAAGAUGGCUGUUCAGGAAAUUGAAACCCUUUCUUAGUUAUAAUUAAACGUCACGCUCAUGUCCACGAAUUUAAAGUUUUCAUUAAAAUAGUCAUAGCAGUAGAGAAUUUAGCCAACACCAUAGAGAUGGUCGCUGGUUGUUGCCCACUUGAAUCUAUGAGAAAUUUAAAGGAAAAAGUCUUAAUGACGAAUAUUUUGUAAGGAGGCU